AUGGAUUAUGAUUAUCAAUUUAUGUCACUCGACAGGAUCAUCUUGAUCAACCCGGUGACACAAGGAAUGGUGGUGAUCGGAGGUGGCGCUACAACUGGUUUCGAAUCCCGGAUGAACGAUCCAACGAGGAAGGACGGCCAGCCACCGACGCCUCAAACGUCGAUCGAUGCCAUGCCGACUGUGGAGAUAAAAGGUACAGAUGAAAUAGAGAGUUUAGGGGGUGAGUGUGUGAAGAACAACAACAUGCAACAAUUCAGUCGGCAAUGGAAGCCAGCUCUGACCUUCCUCUAUUCUUCGAGAUUAUGA